AUGGGGAAAGUGGAUGAUAUAAGGAAGAGAGAGAAGCAACCCCUGGCUUCUGUGGAUGUGCUCCUAAAGUUGGACCUCAAUGAAGCCUUCCAAGACCAAUGGCUUAUUCUUUUUUUUCAAGGACCCCAGGAGAGCAAAGGCCACCUAUACCUGAGAUAUGGGAGUCUGGACUUGAUUGCAGUACCACUCACAAAUAUAGAGGGUAUCCUGAACACAGGACCCGUGGACUGUUCCCAGAUAGUGAACGUGCAGUGCUACUGGGCAUGGCCCUCUUCGUUCAGGAUUACUCCUCACUUGGUUGAAUUCCUCUCUAAGUUCCUCAGCCUGCACCAGCUCGAGGAGCUCUACCUGGAUUCUGUCUCCUGUCUUCAAGGUCACCUGGAGCAGCUGCUUAGGUGCCUGAAGACCCCCUUGAAGACCCUCUGGAUAAGAAAUUGUGUGCUUUUGGACUCUGAUUUGACAUAUCUGUCAUCAUGCCCAAUUACCAGUCAUCUCACACGCCUAACUUUGAGUGGUGUCAACCUGACAGGCUUAAGUCUUCAAUUCCUCCAGGUUCUGCUACAUAGAGUCUCAGCCACAAUCAGGUACCUGGACUUGGAAUCCUGUGAAAUAACAGACUCAGAGGUUACUGCCAUCUUGCCUGCUCUGAACCGAUGCAACUUGCUCACUGUAUUCAAUUUCUCUGAGAACUCAGUGUCUAGGCUUGCCACAAAUAUCCCACAGGGAUGA